AUGGUUUACUACUUCACAUCAAACGUGGUCUCUCCGUCCGCGUUUAUCUACGUCGGCAAGGACAAGUUCGAGAAUGAGGAUCUGAUCAAGUUCGGCUUGGACCAAGACGUUUGGUUGGUUAUGAUAGGGUUGGUGUUCCACGUUGACAAUCUGUCGAGUGCUCAUGUUUACGUCCGCCUACGCGAGGGAGAAACAUGGGACAAUAUCGCAGAGCCCUUGCUAGAAGACUGCGCGCAGCUCACCAAGGCAAACUCCAUCGAGGGAAACAAAAAGGACAACAUCACCAUUAUUUAUACGCCAUGGUCAAAUCUGCAAAAGGAUGGCUCAAUGGCCACUGGCCAAGUCUCCUUCCAUAACCCCAAGCUCGUCCGCAAGGUCCUGGUGCGAACUCGCGAGAAUCCGAUUAUCAACCGAUUGAACAAGACUCGCGUGGAGAAGUUCCCGGACCUUCGCGCCGAGAAGGAGGAGGCACUGAAAAAGAAGAGACAUGACGAGCGCAAGUUUCGCGAUCAGCAGAAAGAGAAGGACAAGCUGGAGAAGCGAGAGCGAGAGCAGCUGAAGUGGCAGAAGGAGCACGCAUAUGAUGACAUGUUCAGCGAGGAGAAUAUGUUGGAGAGUAGCAACCAGAACCGGGGCGAAGACUUCCUGGACGAUUUUAUGUGA